UAGAGGAGAGGCGCUGGGGUGGACAAGGGCUAAGGGAGCUCAUAGAGGGCAGCAUAUAGGGCGGGCAGGAGGCGCAGAAGAGCUAAGGGGAUCAAGGGGAGUAUAAAUAAGGAGGGUGGCAGUUAGGGGCAAUCUAGCUCAUCACUUUCUCCUUGAGUAGAGACAAAAAGUCAGAAUGGCCCAGGACACUGGUAUAAAAAAUGGGUGGUAUUUAUUCGCACAAUGCACAUCAAUAUAGCUACGUUAUAAAUAAGUAUUUUUAAUUUAGAUAAUCGUGACCGGAGCUUAACUUCAGAGAUGGAGUGGAAAUUAGAAAGAUCUGCUUCUAGGAAGGUCAAGACUGAUGAAGACAUGUUGUGGGAGAAAGUAAUGAAAACACUUGGGAAAGAGCUUAAGCAAAUCAGAAAACAAAGUUUACAGAAGCUCACUAAGACACCUGAUUCAGCAAAGCCUACCUAUUCACGAUUUAAAAGUUGCAUUGUGAAGAAACUGACUUCCAACAUUCCUGUUGCUAGUAGCCCUAUCAUCACAAGGUGGCAGCAGACACACACAAGAAGUCAGGCCGAGCAAACUUUCACAGAGUGUCAGCCUAUUAAUCUCUUUCCAGCUGAUGGAUCAGUGCAAGUAAGGACUCCUGAGAAGAUCUCAACAAUCCCAGUAUUCUUUCACGUGCCCAUCAAAAAUUCUACCAAGGAACCUGAUAUCAUUACUAAUGCCCCAGCCAGCUGUCAUGAGACAACUUAUUUACAAGGAAAAAAUAAAAGGAGAGCUGAAAUUGCAAAGGAGCAGAAAUGUCUCACGCAGCUGGUAAUGCUCCAAGAGAAUGGAUAUAGAAUCUCAGAAAAUGAUGAUAUAAAGAUCUGUGGAAACACUGAAUGUGUUUGGAAAGGAGUGCACAAAUACAUCAAAGGCAGGCAUGGCUGCCAGAAUGGAAUACAUAAUGAAUUUACCGCUCACAGAAUUUCCACUAAUAUCAAAUCUCUCGUGCCAUUGGAGCCAGAGGUUAGGCUUCAUAUUACCGGCUUACGCAAUGAUUACUAUCUAAAUUUACUGGACUGGAACCAGGGAAAUCUCAUUGCCAUUGCUCUAGGAUCUGCUGCACACAUUUGGAAUGGGGAAUCGCACCAAAGCACUCAAAGAGUUAAUUUAAAUUCCAGUUCAAAAUAUAUUUCUUCUGUGGCCUGGAUAAAAGAGGGAACUUGCCUUGCAGUUGGCACCAGUGACGGAGAAGUGCAAUUAUGGGACAUUGAAACCAAAAAGAGGUUGAGAAAUAUGUUUGGUCACCUUUCUGUGGUGGGAGCCAUGAGCUGGAAUCAUUAUAUACUUAGCAGUGGCUCUAGACUAGGAUUAAUUCAUCAUCAUGAUGUUCGGAUUGCUCAGCACCAUGUAGGGACUCUUUGUCAUAGCAAGCAGAGCAUUUGCAGCCUGAAAUGGUCCCCAGACAGUAAGCUGCUGGCAAGUGGGUCCAGUGAUGGUCUAUUGAAUAUCUGGCCUAACGACCCCGGUUUGACAGUGCAUUGCAAGCCACUGAAAGCCAUACCCCAAGCUUCAGCAGUAAAGGCUAUGGACUGGUGUCCAUGGCAGUCAGAAAUCCUUGCCACAGGAGGUGGAAUGAAGGAUGGAUUUUUACGUGUCUGGGACAUAAGCAAAGGGAAGAUCAUCAGAACCACAGACACAAAAUCUCAGAUUUGCUCCCUGUUGUGGUUACCCAAAACCAAUGAAUUGAUGACUGGACAGGGUAUCCCUAAAAAUCAGAUGAAAAUAUGGAAAUAUCCCACACUUACCAAUUCAACUGAGCUUCAUGCAGGAGAAGCAAUGGACUCAGAAUGGGCUAAAGAGAGAAAAGAAUGAAAGAAAGGCCUACUUCUAUUCCCCAAAAAAGUCUUGAAACAUUUUUUGUGUUAGAGAGCUCUGUGGGUGUAGAAACUCAUGACCCCUUUCUGUCUGAAAAAUAUUAGAAUGAUUCCUGUAAUUCAGCUGGGGAGAUGGGAGAUGAGAUGAGUAAUAUAAAGCCAGCCCACAGUUUUCAGAAAGGAAAAUUCAGCUGUGGCCAAAUGGGUGACACGGGACAGACAACGUUAAGGGGGCUGCAAAGGCAUCUGGAAAUGAAUCACGCAAGAACUGACUUUAGGGCUGGAGAGCAGACACCACUUGUAUUUUCUCAGAUGUCGCAAGUACAUCAAAAGUUGCUCAUUUGCAAUAAGUGUGAUAUACCCCAAAGCCUCUGGUUUUAGUGGCCACCCAUUGUGGUCUUACUUCAAAGCAAGUUGGAAAAUAAGAACACUUUGGUGGUGCAUUUAGAAAUAACUACAAAAAAGCUGAUGUCUAAGAACAGGAAAUUAUUACUUCAGAGUUUGUUGAAGUAUGAACAUGGCUGUUGCAACUGAAUUUAUCAAGCAUUUAAAAUUUAUGCCCACAACAGUGAUUUUUCCUCACUCUCAUUUGCAGCAGGGAGCUGAAGGAACAGUAAAUUGUGAAUUUGCUUGUUUUCUCUUAAUUAUUUUUGGCAUUUUCCCCUUGUUCUUUUUUUGUUGGGAAGUGUUAACAUUAUAAUCUCACCAACUGGAUGUGGAGAGCGAUUUGUUUUUAAUCUGAUCAUACUUGGCUUGAUAAAUGGGAAGAGGAUUCUCAGAAAAUACAGUGCUGUGGGGCUGAUCCUUUCUCCUUCGUACAAUGCAGAGAUCAUUCUAAUUUCUUCAUUGGUGUUACAUUUUGGGAACUUGUUCCUUUCCUUG